CUCCCCACAGUUUAUAUUCUAUCACUUCCUUGUUGCCCUGCCCAGUAAGUAAAAUGAAACUGAAAGCUACAGACUACUAGACAUCUGCGACACAUCUAUUAGACUGUCUCUUUUAAAGAUGGAUGAAGAAGAUGGCCCACCCACAUCACUUAUUCCACCCGAACAAAGACAUUUUUCACAGGUGAUCUUCAUUGAUGUGCAAAAAAUCUAUGCACCAGACACGGACGUAAAAUGCAGAUAUCGUACAAGAGAAAACUUCAUCCCUGGCAAGAAAGACUGGAUUGGUCUCUUUAAGGUUUGCUGGAAAACUACUGGAGAUCAUUGCACCUGGAUUUAUGCAUCAAGCAGUUUGGAAGAUACAGUCCUGUUCAAAGCUUACUAUCUGCCCAAGGAUGAUGAGUUUUACCAGUUUUGUUACGUGGACCAGAAUGGAGAGGUGCGAGGAGCCAGUGUCCCCUUUCAGUUCCGUAGCAAUAUCACAGAAGAGGAAGAUGACAUCUUGAUGGUGACAACAGAGUUGGAGAUGAUGAAAACAAAGGAAGAGUGUAUCAUACUUAAGGAGACAGUACAGAACCUGACUGAGGAGAAGUCUGCAUUGCAAGACACCAUUUCCUUACUGCAGUGCAACAACCGGACUCAGGCUGACAAGAUCCAGACACUUGAGGCAGAGAUCAACAAGCAGCAUAAGGAAAAUGUGGAAAAUCAAAUGAAAGAGCUUGAGGAGGAAAAAGCGAAGAUGAACAAAAUCAUUCAGUCUUUGGAGCUUGAUGUACAGAAGUUGCGGAGCAAAGAAGAGAAACUGAGCAAAGAACUUACGGAUACUGAGACAUUAAAAACUACAAAUAUAGAAUUAAUGGAAUGUUCCCAGAAGCUGCAAAAUCAAGUGAAGCUCCUUGAAGAAGAAAGGAAGAAGCUGGAGUCAGAGUUGUCACAGUACAUAGAUAAAGAUCAGAAAUUAUGCUCAGAAAGGAGGGAAAUGGAAAUAUUACUGGAGAAGCCUGUUGAUGAAAAGAACAAUUUGAGGAGUGAACUCGCAGCCAAGCAGGAGGCACUGGAGAUCAUGACUGCAACUUUCAAUCUAUGCAAAGAAGAGAUUAUUAAACUGAGAGCAGACCAUGAGAUGCAGGAAUGGACACUUGAGACUGAGAAGAAGCAGAAUAAGAAGAUACAGCAUUUACUGGCUGAAGAGAGAAAAAGAUGCCAGGAUCUAGCAUUCAGUAUGAAGGAGAAAAGCGCAAAACUCACAUGUGCGAAUGAGUCAAUUUCCAACUUGCAAGAUCAGCUGGCAGUGCUUCAGGUGCAAAUAAAAAAACUAGAAAAUGAGAUGAAGCAUAGAGAAAAGUUCCAAGAGUCAAGGGAGAAACAGGUGCAUUUGGGGACACUACAGAAUGAGAAGAAGCAGAAUGAAAAGUUACAGGAAUCAUUGGUUAAACAGAAUAAAGCAGCCAAGGAUGCAGAGAGGAAAAUGUGGGAACAGCUUAAAUCUACUGAAGAGGAAUUAUCUAUCAUGGAACAAAAGAUGUCUCAGCAACAGGCGCAGAUUGCCACACUGGAGAGUGAGAAGAAGCAGAAUGAAAAGUUACAGGAAUCACUGGUGAAACAGAAUAAAACAGCCGUGGACGCAGAGAGAGAAUUGCGAGAACAGCUCAAAUCCAUUGUAGAGAAGAUGUCCAAUCUGGAACAAAAGUUGUCUCAGCAGCAGAAUGAAAAUAGGAGACAGAGAGAGGCAAAUGACAUUUUAAGAAGCACAGUAGAUAUGCAGGAAUCAGAGAUCCAGGAAUUGAAAGAGAGUGAAAGGAAACAUCAGAUUGAAAGAGAUGAGCUACACUGUCAGCUGCUACAGAUAGAUAUGUUCAAUCCACACUCUCAGACCUCAGGCUUGUUAUAUGGGAACCCAUAUGAAAGAGCUAAUACAAGUUCAUCCACAGAGACUGAAGGCAUACAGCAAAGAAAUCCUUUAAUAUGUCCAAUAUGUUCUGAACAAUUCCAAGCCAAUGAAUGUCAAGUGUAUGAAGAUCAUGUGAUGUGCCAUUAAACUGAGAGCUAGUGCGUUAACAGUGAUACUGUAUAUCCUCUUGAAUCUCUGACCACACUUACCAUUAAAAAGAGUGCAGAGAUUUGGGGUAAUAAAAUCUAUACACAAUAGACUAUGUGAAACACCAAAAUGUCUUUGAUUGCUCAUAGUAAACCUGUACACUUUAAUCAAUGCAAUGGAAAUACAUUUUCUCAAUAAUU